AUGCUCGAGGCGAACGGCGUGUCGAAGGUGAAGCUGUUCGACGCGGAUCCGAACGCGCUGACGGCGCUGGCGAACUCGGACGUGGAGGUGAUGGUGAUGGUGCGCAACGAGUUCCUCGAGGGCAUGGCCAUCAAGCAGGAGAACGCCGACAACUGGGUCUACAACAAUUUGCUCGACAUCCUCCCCACCGGCGUCAAGAUCACAUCUGUGUCGGUGGGCAACGAGCCGUUCCUCAAGUCGCGGCACGACUUUGACAAGUUCUUGGCGCCAGCCGUGGCAAACAUGUACCGGGCGCUCCAGAAAGUGGAGCUGGACCAGCGCAUCAAGAUCACCGUCUCCUUCAACACGGACAUCAUCAAACCCGAGGACGACCCCGCCCUGGGCGAGUUCCAGGACGUGUGGGUGGAGCAGAUUAAAGCCAUUGCUAAGGUUAUCAACGAGACGGGAUCGUUCUUUUCUGUGAACAUCUACCCGUUUUUUUCGUACAAGGACACGCCGCAGAUCGACAAGAAUUUCAUCUGGUUCGAUAACCCCGGGCAGGGGUGCGUGGGGUUUGGCAACAAGACCAAGACGCAGUACUGUAACAUCAUGGACGCGUCGCUCGAUGGCGUGAUCUACGCGCUGGAACGAAUCGGUUACCCCAAUAUGGAGGUGGUAAUCGGGGAGGCAGGCUGGCCGAGCGAUGGCCAUCCCAAUGCCACACUAGCACUCGCCCAAUCCUACAACAAUGGGCUCCUGCGCCACAUGCUCUCCGGCAAGGGCACGCCGCACCGCCCGAACCGCCUCUUCACCUUCUACGUCUUCGACCUCUUCGACCAGGACGCCAAGAGCACCGCUCCCGGCCCCUUCGAGCGCCGCUGGGGCGUUUAUGACGACUACGGCCGCGCGAAAUACCCGCUGGAUCUGUCCGGGGGGAAAGGUUGGAAGCUCGCUCCGAUCCCGAAUGUUGUGCGGCUGCGCAAUCGCUGGUGCCUGGCGAACCAGGCGCUGUACUCGGAGAAGGGCGCGAGUGCCCCGGUGGUGGACGCGCAGUUCUCGUCGAAGAUCUCCACGGCUUGCGAGAAGAGCGACGCGGGGGAUUUCGCGGAUAAGGCGGACUGCACGCCGCUGAUGAUGCGGCUGUCCACUCCCGGGCUGCAGUGCGCUGCUAAAGGCGCCAGCCAGACUCUGCUAGCCAACGCCUCGUAUGUGCUGAACGCGGUGUAUCAACUGUCAGGGCAGCAGGAGGCUGUGUGCACGGAUGAGGGGUUGGGAGUGGUUGUGACUGACCAGGACCCGUCGACGGGUAGUACUGGGGGGAAUGACAAUUGUACGUAUGAGCUGGGACUGGAUGUGGACGCGAUGAAGGCGUAUACCCAGCCCAGACGGCAUGUCGAGUUUGAAGAGAACGCAGCGAGCAUCCUCUGGCAGCUCAGGGUCGCCAUCCCCGGGGUUCAUGUUGAAGGUCAUCCCCAAGAGGUCCAUCUGAGCCGUGGUCACCACCACUCGCAUCCGUCGAAGAAGAAGGAGCAGGUGGAGGGCGAGGGGAUGCAGGCGGCGGGGUCGCUUGGGGUGGAUGGGGAUGGGGAUGAUGGGGAAGGGGAAGAAGGGGUGGAUGGGGAUGGAGUGGAGGGGGAAGGCGCGGAGGGGGAAGGGGUGGAAGGAGAGGAAGGGGAAGGGGAGGAAGGGGAAGGGGAGGAAGGGGAAGAGGAGGAAGGGGAAGGGGCUGAGGGGGAGUCGGAGGGCGAAGGGGAAGAGGGUGGGGGGGACGGUGAGGAGGAGGGAGGGGAUGGGAAGGGGGAGAUAGGUGGCGAGGAGGACGGGGAGGGGGAUGAACUGGGGGGAAGGAUGGGGGGGAGGAUGGGCGGAGGGGCGGAUUGGGAAGGGGGUUCUGCGAUUGGUGGUGAGAGGGGUGAGGGGGUUAAGGAGGGGGAGGGGGGUGAGGGGAGUGAGGGGGGUAGGUUAGGGGCGGAAGGGGCAGGGGCACUGGGGGAGGCAGAUGGGCCUAGAGUGGUGCCAGGUGGUGGGGGGGACGCGGGGAGGGUAGGGGGAGAAGGGGGGAAAUCGGAAGGGGAAGAGGGGGAAUCGGACGGGGAAAGGGAGGGGGAAGGGGAAGAAGAUGGUGGGGGUUGGGGGAUUUCGGGGGCUUCUGGGGAGAGUGCAUUUGGGGGAGAAGAGGGGGAGGAUGGAGAGGUGGUAGAAGGGGGUGCAGACGGGGAAGAGGGGGAAGAUGGGGAAGAGGGGGACGAGGGAGAAGAGGGAGAAGAGGGAGAAGAGGGGGAAGAGGGGGAGGAGGGAGAAGGGAGAGAAGAUGGGGGAGAGGAGGAAGAAGGGGCAGAGGGCGAGGAGGGAGUAGGGUUUGUUGUGCCAGGAGAUGGUGGUGGUCCGGACGAGGGGGGAGAAGCAGGAGAUGGGGAGACGGGAGAUGAGGGGGAGGCUCCAGGAGGGAGGAGUGGGGAGGAGGGGGAGGAAGGGGAGGGGGGAGAGGAGGGAGAUAGGGAGGGUGGAGGAGCAAUGGAGGGGUUAGAAGCGGCGGGAGGUGAAGGGGGCGCUGGGGAUAGAGGUGGGCCAAGGGACGGCGGAGGGGCGAUGGGAGAAGGAGGAAUGACACCCGGGGGUGAAGUUUCUCCUGAGGGGGGAGCGGUUGAGAUCCCGCCAGGGGGGGGAGGAGGUGACAUUCCGCCAGGGGGGAAAGGGGGUGACACCCAGCCAGGGGGAGGAGGGGCAGUUGGGGGAGAGGCGGCGCUGCUGCCGGGGCGAGGAGGGGAGGAUGAUGGUGGGGGGCGCGGACUGUUGGUAGCGGGGGACGGGGGGGAGUUGACAAGUGGCGGGGGAGGGGUGGUGGUGGAAUUCGGGAAGGAAGGAUCACUAGAGGAUGGUGGGGGGCGCGGACUGUUGGUCGUGGGGGACGGGGGAGAGUUGGCAGACGGUGGGGGAGGUGUGGUGGUGGUGUUUGGGGAUGGAGGGGCGUUGGUGGAUGGUGGGGUAGGAAGAGUGGAUGUGGGAGGAGCAGGAGGAGCAGGAGGAGCAGGAGGAGGAGAAGGAGCGGGAGGAGGGAGUGAGUCGACAAUGUCGCUGAAACCAGUCGUGCCUGAUGGGACACAGGAAAGAAAGAAGAAGAAGAAGAAGAAGAAGAAGAAGAAGAAGAAGAAGAAGAAGAAGAAGAAGAAGAAGAAGAAGAAGAAGAAGAAGAAGAAGAAGAAGAAGAAGAAGAAGAAGAAGAAGAAGAAGAAGAAGAAGAAGGAGGAGGAGGAGGAGGAGGAGGAGGAGGAGGAGGAGGAGGAGGAGGAGGAGGAGGAGGAGGAGGAGGAGGAGGAGGAGGAGGAGGAGGAGGAGGAGGAGGAGGAGGAGGAGGAGGAGGAGGAGGAGGAGGAGGAGGAGGAGGAGGAGGAGGAGGAGGAGGAGGAGGAGGAGGAGGAGGAGGAGGAGGAGGAGGAGGAGAAGAAGAAGAAGAAGAAGAAGAAGAAGAAGAAGAAGAAGAAGAAGAAGAAGAAAAAAAGGACAUCAUGUGGCAUGAGUUGUCUUCUUACAUACUUCCAAUGCAAGCAAACCUCUGAACCACUUCCCCAGAUUUGA